GCCGGACGCGCCCCGAUGCCCAGGCGGCGCUGCGGGGCCUGGGGCCAAGGGUCCCGGACACGCGUGCAAGGGGCUGCGGAGGUCAACUUUGUCGUGUGCCAACUCUUUGCCUUGUUAGCUGCUGUUUGGUUUCGAACUUAUCUACAUUCAAGCAAGACUAGUUCUUUUAUACGACAUAUAGUUGCUACCCUUUUGGGACUUUAUCUUGCAUUUUUUUGCUUUGGAUGGUAUGCCUUACAUUUUCUUGUACAAAGUGGGAUCUCCUACUGCAUCAUGAUCAUCAUAGGAGUGGAGAGCAUGCACAAAUACUGUUUCGUGUUCGCUCUGGGAUACCUCACAGUAUGCCAAAUCACCAGGGUCUAUAUCUUUGAUUAUGGACAAUAUUCUGCAGAUUUUUCAGGCCCAAUGAUGAUCAUUACUCAGAAGAUCACGAGUUUGGCCUAUGAAAUCCACGAUGGAAUGUUCCGAAAGGAUGAAGACCUGACUCCAUCCCAGCGAGGGCUUGCCGUGAGGCGUAUGCCCAGCCUCCUGGAGUAUGUGAGCUACACUUGCAACUUCAUGGGCAUCCUGGCAGGCCCGCUGUGCUCCUACAAAGACUACAUCACGUUCAUCGAGGGUCGUGCAUACUACAGGGCACAGCCGAGUCACAACGGGAAAGAAGUGGCUCAGGGGGAGCGAGUGGACCCGUCUCCAAAGGCGGCGGUGACGCAGAAGCUGCUCGUGUGUGUGCUGUCCCUGCUGGUGCACCUGACCGUCUGCAGCGCGCUGCCUGUGGGCUACAACAUCGACGAGCAGUUCCGGGCCACGGCCUCCUGGCCGACCAGGGUGGCCUACCUGUACGUCUCUCUGCUGGCUGCCCGGCCCAAGUACUACUUUGCCUGGACCUUAGCGGAUGCUAUUAAUAAUGCCGCAGGCUUUGGUUUCAGAGGAUACGAUGGGAACGGGGUGGCUCGCUGGGACCUCAUCUCCAACCUGAGGAUUCGGCAGAUAGAGAUGUCGACCAGUUUCAAGAUGUUCCUGGAUAACUGGAACAUCCAGACAGCACUGUGGCUCAAAAGGGUGUGUUAUGAGCGAGCCACCUUCAUCCCGACUGUGCAGACCUUCUUCCUGUCGGCCAUCUGGCAUGGCGUGUACCCCGGCUACUACCUGACGUUCCUCACGGGCGUGCUCAUGACUGUCGCCGCCCGGGCUAUGAGAAGUAACUUCAGACAUUACUUCACGGAGCCUCCGCAGCUGAAGUUCUGUUACGACGUCCUCACGUGGACGGUGACGCAGAUCGCAAUAAGCUACACCGUUGUGCCCUUCGUGCUCCUGUCUAUAAAGCCGUCCCUCACCUUCUACAGCUCCUGGUAUUACUGCCUUCACAUUUGUGGAAUCUUAGUUUUAUUAUUGUUGCCAGUGAAAAAAACCCGGAGUGGAGAGACUGCACACAAAAACCUCCAGACCUCACCUUCCCAAAAGUCCAACGAAAGAGACAGUUCUUUAGGGCAGAACAGCUUCUCCACGACGAACAGCAUUAGCAGUCAGAACCAGGAGGUGGGCUUCAGACACUGGUCGCCCCAGCCGUGACACUUUGGUGGCGUAGCUCGGUCUCCACCGUGCAGGGCUCAGGUCGCCCGCAGACUGGCGGGGAAGGGGCAGCAUGGAGGGCACGGCCAGCGCCGAGGGAAGCAGCUCUGCAGCCGUCCCUGGCCACGCCGUACUCGGAGUGUCCCAUCCUCAGUGGGCACCAGUGACCCUCCCCGCUGCGCCCCCGAGGCCGAAUGCAUGCUGCGCAUCCCGAGUGCGAAGCAGCAGAGAUGGAAUCGUGCCAGUCGGUGAUUGCGACGGAUUCACUUUUCCAAAUGAAUGUCUUGCCUUAAACCCUCUAUCUCUGAAAAUAUUGUUCCUCGGUGGUCUUUUCAGGUGGAACGGUGUGAGAAGCCUGUUUCAGUAUUCCAUGUCGUAUGCUGUAAAGGGAUUUAGGAAGAAUUUGAAAUGGGAUAUUUAAGGUUGUGGAGACUUUUUUAAAAACGCAAUAAACAUCUCAGUAUUUGAAGGGUUUUCUUAA